CAACGGGUCUUGCUGCGAUGAGUCAGUCUGCCUUAGACCGACCACCUGCGAACAUCAAAUCACAGAAUCGUCAGAUUUGUUUAGUCGAGUGCCUUCCGACACCUAGAUUUAUAUAAUACAAGUGUAGUUUAAUUAUAUAGUAUUGGGACAUUUUAAUAAAUAUAUACUCGUAGUAUGAGACAGCGCAAUCUUGGGAACAACAACGCCCUGAAACGCCACCGUCAGCAGCAGCAAAUAGAUCGGAAUUGUUGUUUAAGUAAACGUUGUAACUAUGAUAGUAUCUGGCAGCAUUUUAAUCGCAAUGCCACCCUCGAGGAAAUUCGUUACGCGGCGGCACGCAUCUGCCGGGACCAUUUAAAUGGACGCUGGAAAACGGUGGCUCCUGAAGAUUUGAUUGUGAAACGGGUCAGUGGGGGAUUGUCAAACUUUUUAUAUUACGUAAGUUUGCCCGCAUUCAUCGAAUAUGAAGAGGAGGAGGUGGAGCAGUUGCUGCUACAGAAACAGCAACAAAUCGAGGGAAGUGUCAACGGCAAAGACGUCAUAUCCACUAGCGAGUCGGGAAACAGCCCGGUUUAUGCACGCGACGAUGAUGAGGUUGAGACCAAGUCAGUGGGCGUGAUGGCUGGGAGCACCAAAUUGGCUCACACCGAUGAUGAUGACGACGCGGCCACGAGCGACAAGCAGGCACCGAAACGUCAGAGAUUCGAUAGCGAUAGCGUCGCCUCGACCUAUUUGAAACGAAUGCAGCCCCCCAAACAGGAACCCCGUGAGGUCCUGCUGCGCAUCUAUGGACAGACCCACGGCGAUCAAAUGAUGGAGAACAUGAUCACCGAAUCGGUGGUGUUUGCCCUGCUCAGUGAGCGCAACUUUGGGCCUAAAUUAUACGGAAUCUUUCCGGGUGGACGCAUUGAACAGUUUCUACCAGCGCGUUCAUUGGCUACCGCGGAGUUGGGUGAGCAACGGAUAUCCAUGAAGGUGGCCGAGAAACUGGGCGAUAUCCACAGCUUGAGCAUACCCAUGUCGAAGGAGCCUGACUGGAUUUGGACCUGCAUGAACCGCUGGGUCACCAGCUUCGAGAGCACCAUGAAGGGCAAGUGCCUAUCAAAAGCCAAGAACUCACCGGUCUUGAAGAAACAAAUGGAAUUGCUUCGCACCAUAAACUAUGAGGAGGAGAUCGCCUGGCUGAAAUCGGUUAUUGAAGCCGGCGAUUAUCCGGUGGUCUUCUGCCACAAUGACCUGCAGGAGGGCAAUAUAUUGAUGCGCCAGACACAGCAGGAGCGCACGCCCAGAGUGUCAAUAAGUAGCUUGAGAUCCAACUUUGAUGAGACCCUGGGAGAUAGUCUGGAUGGAAAUAGCAACAGCAACAUCUCCGAGCCGGAGAGAAACAGUAGCAAGUUGCACAGCGUUUCGUCGCCCCCAUGCCCGGAGUUGGACACUACGGAUGAUUCGGCACUGGACUCUAGCUUCACCAUAGAUACUGAGCCGGAUCUCAUUAUCAUUGACUUUGAGUACUGUGCCUACAACUAUCGGGGCUACGAUCUGGCGAAUCACUUUAUCGAGUGGACCUUCGACUACACCAAUCCUCAAUACCCGUACUUCUAUCACAACAAGAGCAACUAUGCCACUGGCCAGCAGCGCAGGGAUUUUAUAGUCCAAUAUCUAAAGUCGUAUCACGACGAUGAGAACUACAGUCCCACGGUCAAGGAGCUGGAGAAGGUGGAUGAGGAGAUUCGGUUUUUUACUUUGCUGUCGCAUCUAUACUGGAGUCUCUGGUCGAUUAUUAACUUGACUUCGGCAAUUGAGUUCGGUUACUGGGAAUAUGGCAUCGCUCGAAUUGUGGAAUAUCAACAGCUCAAGUCCGACUAUCUAUCAAAAUGAAAUUGAGAAAAUGGGCGAAAAUGAAUCGAGGAUCAAACACCAUAAGUCAUUACUUAAAUCGAAUCAUAACCGUACUUAAGUGGCCUUAAACAUUAAAGUCCUUGUGCUCCCCGCCCAUCAUUGUCCUCGUCUUGGAGUUAGUCGCCGAGUAGUAAUGUAGUUUUUUUUCUAGUUGGUCUAGAGUCAUCACACUACUUCAAUAUACCGCGCGGGAAAUGGGAAAGAGAUCAGAACCAUUCAGAAAGACUAACUUAUUUUUGUAUAGAACAAUUAGUACAUAGAAUUGAAAACAAAAAAAACAAAAAAAAAAGCUGAAACGAAAAGUGAGGAAACUGACUUUAGCUGUGAUUAUUGCGUGAGACAGAUGACAGAUAAAAAGAUGAGAUCAACUAUACCUUGCUUCAAUUGUUGCUCCUGUUGGGGGAUCAUGAACUUCCCAACGUCUUUGAUCGAAAGUAUUAAACAGGUAGCACCCAGCAGCACCAAAAUUACUAUAAUCUGCGCAGGCUCAUUCUAAAUCUAAAUCUAUUUAACUAUUCUCCCACAUCCAUAUUUCGAAUUUAUUCAAUAUUCGAAUUUGUUUAGUUUUCCAAUUCUAAAAAUUACUUUCGCGUCUAAGUAUUAUUUUGCAUUCUACUCUCACGGGUCUAGGCAAUUCGUUACUCCUUCUAUACGCAAAAAUAUUAAAAGCUUAGUUGAAUUUUUGAAAAUUUUGUGCUUGUUAAAUGAUCACUCGCGAGAACUUAAUCCUUGCGAUCCUGAUAUCGACAACAACCAACAAAAAUGUGUUUUUAUGUACCUAUCCCCAUAUUCCUUAAUAGAACUUAGUUGUAUGUUUUUUAGAAUGUAACUAUUUUUUGCGUAUAUAUUUUUAAUAAAUAAAUUAAUAAAUAAAUAUAAAUUGAUUGUAACUAUA